GCUUACCCCAAUCGAGGCUAGCGUCUCCAAGCCCUAAAGCUCUCGCACCAAAUCACAAUUCGAUGCAGCUGAAAUCUAACCGCGAACUUUUUCUGCUUGGGAAAUUCUACACCUCGACAAAGACGAUCGCGCAACGCAACGCAACAACGCAAAGCAACUCUUCUUCCUCACCCUCAUUACCCUUCUUUUCCGCAAUCCUCCACAGAUUUUGUGAGUUGCUCAAUUCAAGUCAAGAUGGCGCCCUCGAACUUCCCCGCCUCCAUGCAUGCGACGUCCCAGGACAUCGAGCUGCUCCUAGCUGCUCAGUCCCAUCUCGGUUCCAAGAACUUGCAGGUUCAUAUGGAACCUUACCUAUGGAAGACCCGCGCCGACGGUGUCAAUGUCCUCAACAUUGGCAAGACCUGGGAGAAGAUCGUCCUGGCCGCCCGUAUCAUCGCUGCCGUUGACAACCCCGCCGACAUUUGUGUCAUUUCUGCCCGUCCCUACGGACAGCGUGCCGUCCUCAAGUUCGCCGCCCACACUGGUGCCGUUGCCAUCGCCGGUCGAUUCACCCCCGGUUCUUUCACCAACUACAUCACCCGAUCUUUCAAGGAACCCCGCCUGAUCAUUGUCACUGAUCCUCGCACCGACGCCCAAGCUAUCAAGGAGGCUUCCUACGUCAACAUCCCCGUCAUCGCCCUUUGCGACACUGACUCCCCCACCGAGUACGUCGAUGUUGCCAUUCCCACCAACAACAAGGGUCGCCACGCCAUUGGUUGCGUCUGGUGGAUGCUUGCCCGUGAGGUCCUCCGCAUUCGUGGUACCAUCGCCAGCCGUGACAUCCCCUGGGAUGUGAUGGUCGAUCUUUACUUCUACCGUGACCCUGAGGCUGAGGCUGAGGAGAAGGUAGAGGAGGAGAAGGUACCUGGUGCCGAGGAGGUUGGCCCCGCUGCCAUCGAGACUGGUACCUUCGGCGCCGCGACUGCCGACUGGGAAACCGCCCCUGCUGGCUUCGCCGCUACCCAACCCGGUGGCUGGGACGGCCAGACCGACGAGUGGGCUAACGCCACCGGUGCUCCCCCGGCCGGUGAGUGGGGUGCCGCCGCUGCCACCACCACCGCCGAGGCCAAGGACAGCCAAUGGUAGGACCAAAACGCUGCCGACGCAUCACAGGUUCAGGGACAGGUUCAGGAACAGGGAGAGCAGGCGCAGCAACAGGGAGGUUUCGGUUAUCGAUCUCAAACCAUGGAGGAUGUGAACUGGUAAAUCGCCUUCGCACCACACAUACACCACCACUACCAUCGCGAUAUUUUGAUUUUCUGCCGCAGACGGGACAGGAGGAACGCGGGUCAACUUGACCGUACUAAUGAGGGAAAGAUAUCCGGGCUCGGGGGCUGGUCUACGAAGUCUCUUCUCGGCAGAAGUAGUUUAUGCCUUGUCCCGUAAGAGACGGUCGUUGUCCGCCUGGGCUCGGGGGAAUGCCCUGUGCAGUCAAAGGGGUGGACUUAAUCGUUAUCCCGCCCGUUUUCUCCUAGCUUAGCCGUAAGAAAUAAAGAAUUGCAAAUGAACAAAUUUGAUGAGUCUUGCGUCUUAUGUGUGUGGGUGAUUAGUAGAAUACGGGAUGCUAGUAAACGUUUAUCUUUUUGACUUGAAUGAUUAAAUGACAGGAGCU